AGUUCAAUGGGAGAACAAACAGGCAGAAUCAGGUGAAGGAGAGGGUCUAAAAACAGGUGUGUGAAGGUUUGGCUGUAGAGGUUGAUUUUACGGGUCUUCAAGGGUCUGAAGAAACCAUCAAUGUUGAAAGUGGACUUUGAACCCACCUUCCUCAGAGUCCAAGUGCAGAGUUGGGUGGCCAUGCCGGUUGGGAUCUUAACCGUGUGCCUGGUCAUGGCAGUCACGGUGAUCAAUCAGCCAUUCACCUUCCAGGAGGCCAGGUGGAACGGAGAGCAGCAGCAGGAGCUGGAGAGCCUGAGGCGGAUGAAGGAGCGUGAGGAACAUCUUCAAGCUGAGAUGCAGAGGCUGGAGAAGGAGUUGGCAGAGUCGCCUCCAGGGGAGUUGGGAUUGGAGUCUGGAGGGGAGCCAGGGAAGGGGCAGGAGUACGGCUGGAGCCUGUGGAGUGCUCUCUCUGUGGCUGCAUUCCUUUUUUUGGAGGUCUGGAGACAGGACACAGAGCCGCGGUGUCUGCAGGAAGUGGCGGACGAGGACGAAGACUCUGGUGCCAUUGGGGAGGCGUGGUGGUGUGCUGCCCUCCCAGACCAUCGGGCUCUGGUCCGCUUCUACGACAAGUGUGUCCGCGUUCCCGGUGCCGAGUUGUCCAGGAUCAAGGAGCUGGUGGAGGGGUGUGCGGAUGAUUUGUUGGAGGCCUUGAGGAGUGUGUGUAACCGGGACCUGGACAUGGAGGUGGAGGAAUGCAUUGGUAUUGGGAGUCUGUAUGAGAACUGGAGGGUCAGGAGACCCUUGGUGUGUGACCUGAUUGUACCCUUCACUCCCCCAGAGCCUUACCGGUUCGGAGCGGAGGUAGUGUGCUCUGGAGGGGGGUUUGGGAUGGCUUCAGGGUGCAGGGUCCCUGGGGAGUUUGGCUCUGGGAUGGUCCGUGUCAUCAAUCCUGGAGAGAACCCGUGCAGCUGUGUCUGUGGCCGGACGCAGCUGGGGGAGGACAUGCUGUGCCUGGUGCAUGGUGAGAACGCCCUGGAGGCCACUCUGCCAGGCUCCACUCAGAAAGACAAGCUGCUGUGGGCUGCCACUGCUCCCUACAUGGGCAAGACUCAGGUCACCCAGUGGUUCCAGAGGGCCCUGACCAAAGCCUGGGCUAAGAUCUCACACAAGUACGACUUUGAUCUUUCCUUCCGGGAUCUGGAGAGGCCUGGAGCACUGAGGAUAAGAUUUCGCUCGGGGAAAACCGUGCAUUUCAGCCUGCUCCCGGUGGUGGAGUUUGAAAACUCUGAUGUUUACUUUAUGCCCCUAAUGGGCAGUGAUGUGCCCUUUGGCACCGUCCAUUCCAAUGACACAGCUUGGCCCUUUACGUUCGCUGUCUACGAGAAGCGUUUCCUCAAGAUGAUGGCGAAGAAGCUUCCGGAAAGUUCUUGCCACCUGAUGUGUCUGCAAAUAGUCUCGUUUCUCCACGAGAAACAGUGCAAUCUGACGGGGGCCAGCGGUCUCAGCCAGUACCACUUCAAAACUGCCCUCCUGCACCAGAUGAACAGCCAAGCCCCAGGAGCAUGGCACCACUCGUGCCUUCAGCACCGGCUCAGGGACCUGCUGCGGUACCUGGACAAGGCUCUGCUGGAGAAACGCCUGAACCAUUUCAUGAUUGGCAACGUGGCCUACCUCCCUGACUUGGACAUCCCAGAGGCCUUCCGCUCCGCUGAGCCCCUCAACCUGUUCCGUAGUUUUGUAACGCACCGCGCCUCCUACCGCAAGGCGCGUUGGACCUGGACCGAGAUGCUGAGGAACACGGCGGUCCUAGUUCAGGAAUACAGUCUGAAAAAUCCCAGCCAGGAUGGAAUCAGAGCAAGACACAAUACCGCAGCGGAGCCCAGCUAACCAGAGAGAUCAUUGGGGGGGGUGGGUAGAUCACUCUCCCAUGGAACAGAAGGGGCAGUUUUGGGCCAAAUCAAGCAGGGAAGGCAAACACAGGAGAGACUGAUCAUCCAUGAUGGACCUUUACCUCAGGGAGACUGGGGAUGCAGACUGCUCCUGAGAAACAGUGAGCAAGAGAGUGACAGACAGACAUACCUCUACUGAGAGGGAAGGUCUCUUGACUGAAGAGACUGGGAGACUGGCUCCUAUAAUUUUGUUUAAUCAGCUUGUUCAGACCUAUUGUAAUACACCACCAGGACAAGGGGUGGAUGUGAACCCUGACCUUCUGAGCUGUAGAUAGGGACAAUCCAUCCCCAUGCUACACGAGCCCAAACUCCUGCACACUGAACUGGCACAGCUGGCUAGCUCACCAACACUGGCAGCUCAGAGCCAGUUACCUGCUGCAACUGUUGGAUUUGUCAAAGUAGAGUCUAUUUUGUUUUAAAUGUAUGUUGCUUACCAGAUAAGAAUAAAUAUCACUGCUGAGCAGCUUCAAUUUGUAAAACUAGUUCUACCUUAAAACAAAGGCAGACUGGAUCAAAGUUGGUGCAGCCUUACAAGUACAGAUCCCAUCAUCCUAUCGA